GUCCUUUUAGUGCUUUCGCUUUCGGGCAUCCGCCUAGUGGUGAUAGUUUUGGUUAGAAGUGCACGCUCUCUCCUUCAAAAUUGUGGUUGAGUGCACGUACUCAAGUUCAACAAGACGUGACAAGCGUGAUCAAAGUCAAAGACACGUGGAUUCUUUCAUUCGCAUAUCGAAAGUAGUACAUAUGCUCGCGUCACCUUUGCGCACGGUAAAAAGCCUCUAUUGGCUCUCCCGUAGCUAAGUGAAGCUCCUAAAGUCUUCUGGCAAACAGUGCCCCCCAUCAUGCUUCCCUACCACGUCGUUGACUUGCUGCAGCAGGAGGACGCAAAAAAGCGCGAAGCGCGCACACUCCAAAACCAAAAGGACGGACUUGCGAAUCUCCUGAACAGGACCAAUGACGCACGACAAUUAGAAAAUCUAAAGCAUUUCCAACACAAGUCUUCCAAAUCGCCGCUUAUGCGGGACUUCACGACCUCCAAACCCCGGUGUAAGCACGUCCAGAAGCCACCCUUCCGCCAUUUGCGGAUUAACCCAGCGAGUUCCAAUGCAGUUACCGCGUUGCAGCAAACGUCCUCUUCUUCCAGCGACCGCUAUGGUAGCUCCAGCUCCUCCUCCGCCGCCGAUUCCGACACGACUACCGACGAGCCCGAGCGGAGCCUCUGUUGGGACGGGCCGCGCUUUGCCUUCGAGCAUUGGGACGGCAAUAUGGAUUGCAAAAAUGUCUGGGUCUGGAAACUUGUGAUGCUGGGUGGCGUAUCAUGAAGAGGCCACAAGUGCUGGCUCAGCAUGGCAAGCUUUUGAGCUUCUAGGUAUUGCCUAAUCUGCACGACAAACUGCGUUUCUGCAUGACAGCAAAAUGGGGCUCUUGGGUAACAGGCAUAACAGAUUUAAGAGUUAUGCCACACAAGCAUGACAAGCGUGCACUCUUCCAGACCCAGAGACUUUUGCAGUUGAUGGGCAAGGAAUGGCAACAAUUGGAAGACGAGCCGGAUAUCGACCCGGUGACGGAUUGCUACGACUUUCGGAGUAUGCAUUGCAAAAGUAUCGUACUCGUAUUGCAAAUCAUGCAUUACAGAUCCUUUUGCUAAAGUAAAUCCGCAUUACAAAUUUUAUUUCUCAUGCUGAGGAACUUUGUAAUGCAUUGAUUGAUACGAGUACGAUGCAAUACGUUUGCAUUGUAUACGGAGUUGUGCGAUGGAAAUGGUCAAGAUGACGGACGAGGCUGCUUUCCUCCUCAGCAACGAGCCCGACACGCAGAACCGCAUCCCCGUCUGGGCGGAGGACGUGCAGUGGACGUGGGCGGACGUCGUUUUUUUCUUCGAUGAGGAGGGAAAAUUGAGCAAAAUUUUGCCGGCUUGGGAGCACGAUCACGAAGAGGGAGAAGUUGUGCCUGAUCGGAAGGAUAAAGACUCAAAAGAGCAGCCAGAAGAGGCUCCCCCGCCGACGUGGUCAUCGAGAAAAUAUACUAGUAAUUCCGUCGUCCGCGACAUGUCAGGUCUGUGGCUUUUCCGCUUCGACCUCGGGGACGCAAUCUUGGUGCGGAAGAAGUUCAAUUUCUGCUACGCACGGUACGCGAACUUCGGCGGCUGCGACAUGCGCCACACGCAGCUGCGAUAUGCCUAUCUGCACGGGGCGAACUUUCGGGGCGCGAAUCUCAGUGAGGCAUCGCUGGAGGACGCAGUGCUGUACAAGGUAUUUGUUGCUCUUAGCCGGCUGUUCGAUUAAAUUGUCAUGCGGUAAGUGCUGGAAAAGAGAAAGAAAAUCUGUUUUCUCAUGGUGGAUCCUUGUGUUGCGUCGAAAUGUGUGCUCCUUAAAUGAAAAGUAGCAAACGUUUCUAUCCCGUUCGACCUGACUACAUUUUCACCAGACAAACUUUUCCGACGCGUACCUGUACCUUGCGUCCUUCGAAAACGCGGGCUACGUCCAGACCGCGCUCUUCCGCUACCGGGGUUCCGCGGAAUUUUUCGGAAUCGAGCCCUCCCUGCUUCUAUCAAAUGCAAAAAUGUCUGGGUCUGGAAAAUUUCUAGAUUUGUCAUGCAUAUUUUCCAUGACCCAUGAUGUCUGUGAUGACUGCCGUAGCAUCACAGAUUUUUAGAGCGCAUUGUGAUACCUCUGCAGCAUGAGAAAUGCCCUCUCCGCGUAGCACCAACUGGAGUCCUCUUGCUGGUCAUGCAAUACAAAUUUUUUCAGAAUCCAGAGACAGCCUCACAAGUUUAGAAUGUUCCAGACCCAGACACUUUUGCAUUUGAUACCUCCACGCCAGCAACAAUUACCACUACGCGGAGUGGGGCGGCUGGUGCUACUGGUUCGCGCUGACGAAAGACCGGAUUUUGAUGCUCCGCCACCGGAUGGAAGUCGAGUACUUGCUCGGCUUCUUGCGAAAGAUGCACGACAUGGUCUUGACGACACACACCUGGCGCACCUAUUACGACCACUGGAUUUCGCUCGCGACGAUGACCCAGAUUAGCUCGAACAAGCGGGCCGUGCAGGCGAUUUUGCUGCUCUACUACAUGGAUUUGGAAAGUCUCUCGGUCGUGGAGCAGACAAAUCUGCAGCAGAUGCUGAAAGAAUCGAAAACCCGGAACAUCGACACCAUGGUCAACAGAAGCUCGUUUUUCCAAGAAGGACUUUCAGAGCUGGCCGGAGAGGAGAUGAACCAAGCGGGUCUUGGCCAAUUCCCGCACGGUGGAGGUGCUGCUCGUACUUCGGGAAGGGAAACCGCAACUUCCAGCACUGUACCACUGCCGAGGGGGCAGUACGAGACCUCGUUCAAGAUGAAAAGCGACCUGAGCAACAAGAGCGGUAACAAGAGCGGGAACACCUUUUCCGGCGUCGUGCGGGCGGUAUUGGUUUGUGUUGCGAAUGUUUGAUGACGAUGUCAGUUGUGCAUGAUUCACCAGCUUAACUACGUGCCCGCCCAAUGAGGUCAUUCUCAUCCAGUAGCAAGAUGAUAUGAAGGGGAACACUCCUUCUACGUGAUCGUCGAAAACGGCCUGGCAGACCGAGUCACUGCCUUUCUGAAUACACUCUACAGGCCCUGCUCCGUCGCCAGGAGACCCUGGGGCAGCUGCAGCCGCCAGAGAAUGUCUACAACCCGCAGCCAGCCUUGUCCUCGGUAAAACGAAAAUCGCUGUUGUCCGAGUCGACCGCCGGAGGAAAUACUGCAACCCCGACGGCAAGGAGCAAAGCGGCGACGUCAGCGACCACUCGCGGCGGCGCAAUCGCCGGUAAGAAACCGGUGAGAAAGUGCGCCGCGCCGGGGGAAGGGUCACCGAGGAUGCAGGUAUGGAAUUGGUCGUGCACAACCCCUCGAUGUCUCUCCUUCACCUGAUCGUGUGCAUGAACACCAGCAGCAGAAGCAACUAACAGCAGAAGUACAGCCUUUGCAUGACGAAGCAAGAAACGCACGCCUCGACUUUUGCCCUGUUCGGUUUUCCGACCGAGCUUUUUAUGCAAACGGUACCACAACGAAAAGUUAACACAAAGCUUCGACUUGCUUUUUAUUUGCGUUGCAAAUGAACAUGAAGGGAGCACGAGGAUGCAGUUGUGCACCCUUAUAGCAAGCGGAGAGCCUGAUGAACAACAUUCCCAUCCUAUCGCAGGAAAAAGCUAUGUAAACGUGUAAGUUUGUGUUGCAGGCCAUGCAAGACAGUCACUCGGCCGGGUGGUCGUGCCAGACAAGAAUUAUUUUACAAAGUCAUUCUAACAUCGUGAACCUGUCCCUAUUUGCGCACUGCUACCGACAAUGCACGUCAGUUUUUUAUCUCUGUCAAGAUGCAAGCGCAAGCCGAAUCUGUCAUGCCGGCGCCCCAAGCAAGUGACACUAUUAGCGCAGUAGUUUUUUCCCCCAUACACUCGGCACAACUACGACCCGUGGAAGUCCAGACUAGUGCCAGAACAGGAAAUUCCGAACUCUGCCCGUGGCAGCUCGCUAGUUGUGAAUAACCAGAACACCAACCUUGCCUCGAACCUGACUACGGCAACCCUGGCGGGGUUUGGCGGGUUCGAGAGCACGUCCCAGUUUUAUGGAGCCGCUGGUCCUCCUCAAGGAUUUCCGGGAAGUGUGACGCCCGCUGGCGGCAACAAGCAGGUGUCCCCUGGAAGCACCGUCUUUCAGCAGAGGUUGCAGCAGGGCGGUGGUGGUGCAAUUGGAACAACGACUACAGCUACUUCUAACGAGCUGCCUUCGCUACGGUACCGGGGGCCGGUGGCCGCCGGGGCCGACGCGGUCGUGUCGCCGAAGUCCGUCGGGGGAACAAUUGGUGGAACCUCUAGCCGGAGCUCCUCGUCUGCCUCGCCCAUGAUAACCCCGAAGCAGACGAAGGCGAAGGCAAGACCCGUGCCGAAAUACAUGCUCAGUCACGUUGUGGAAGAGGAGCAGCUGUCGCCCUUGUUGCAAGGAAGAGUAGAUGGGCAAGUAGACCACGAUUUUCGUGGCAACCAAGUAGACCCGCGAAAGAACAUCAUCCAUCGUGAAGGUGCGCACCGGGAGGCAGCGCCGGAAGGGGAGCAGGAGGCGCAAGAGGGCGAGGCGCUGAACAGCAGCCCGAACAGCAGCAAUCGUGGUGUCCGAAACCAUCCCCGGGGCACGCCGCAAGCCGUACCCGCUCCAGGGGAAACCUUUGGCUCGUCUCCAGUAAAGACUCCUGUAGUACGGCACGGCAAUAAAGAGUCAUCAAGUGGCUCAAAAAUGUCCGGAGGGGCCAGAAGCAACGGCCACGGGGGUGCUCAGCAACAUCUCGAAGAUGUCGAGACGAACAGUAACCUGUCGUCUGGCCACGCCAGUACGUCUUCUAGCAGCGCCGGUAAAAAGAACAAGUCCUUCAAUUUUAAGAAAUUUUUCUUUCCCCUCGCGGUAGAGGAGGAAGAGAAAAGCCACCGGGAGGUGCGCAAAGAAGCCAUCGACUUGCGGGAGGCGCGGUGGGAGAAGCUGAUCACCCAAACGAGAAGAAAUCAACACCUUCGGUCGAAAAUUCCGGACACGGAGUACGCGGAAAUCCGGAAACUCCCCUUUCUCCGCACGCAGCACGCGCUCGCGACCGCCCGGGCGCUGUUCAACACGCGUGGGCCGGCGCCCUACGGGCUCCUGCAGAUUCUGGAGCGGGACACCGCCCGGGUUUUGAGGACGUCGGACUUCUUUCUGAUUGGGGAGGCGUUGAACUUGGAAAUUCUCUACAUCGACCGCGUGUUUAAAGCGAAAGAAGAGCUGUUCAGCAUGGCGAUGACCAUUAUCUUCUCGGCCGCGACGGCACUGCUGUUCUACCUCAUGCAGCGGUACUUCCUGCCGGAGAUCGAAAUUCUGGCAGCGAACAUGGGAAGCGACAGCAACAAAAUCGACCAGGCGAACGCGGCGUGAUGAAGCUGUAAAGAGUGUUGAGAACAAGGAUUAUGUAAUCCAUCAGUUCUCAAACUCAAUCGCAUCCGAAGUUUGUUUCUCUGUUCAAGUGUCUAACGUUUCAAUGGAUCACACAGUUUCGUUCUGUUUGAUUAAGUACUAGGUAGAGGAACGACGGUACUAGACAGAGUGGUUUCGGUUUCGCAGUUUCCAAGAAGACAUUUUGUAAUUUGGGCAACCGAGCUACCGUAGUAGUCCGCACUAGUGCCCGCAGGUUUUCCGGCUGCUCUCCCGGAUUACUGGAAUGUCAGUUUUGCA